AUGCAGACCGCCAGGGCGCUGCGUUCCUGCGUGCGUGCGUUCUCCUCGUCGACAAGAUGCCAAGCUAGUCCCGUGCUAAACAAGGAAUUCAAGAUUUAUCGCUGGAACCCAGAUGACCCUGCACAAAAACCUACUCUUCAAUCGUACACAAUUGAUCUUAACCAAACUGGGCCCAUGGUUCUUGACGCACUCAUCAAGAUCAAGAACGAAGUCGAUCCCACGCUGACCUUCCGUCGUUCGUGCAGAGAGGGCAUCUGUGGUUCGUGCGCGAUGAAUGUCGACGGUCAAAAUACCCUCGCCUGUCUCUGUCGCAUAGACAGAAACCCGAGCAAGAAAUCCAAGAUUUAUCCUCUUCCUCACAUGUACAUUGUGAAAGACCUGGUUCCCGACCUGACGCUCUUCUACAAGCAGUACAAGUCCAUCAAGCCCUACCUCCAGAACGAUAACUUGCCCGAGCAGGGCGAGUUCUUGCAAACGCAGGAGGACCGCAAGAAACUCGAUGGUCUGUACGAGUGCAUUCUUUGCGCAUGCUGCUCGACAAGUUGUCCGUCGUAUUGGUGGAACCAGGAUGAAUACCUGGGUCCUGCAACGCUGAUGCAGGCAUACCGCUGGAUUGCUGACUCUCGUGAUUCAUAUGGUUCCCAGAGAAAGGAGCAACUCCAGAACGAGAUGAGCAUGUACCGUUGCCACACGAUUUUUAACUGUGCACGUACCUGCCCGAAGGGUCUUAACCCUGCAGAAGCCAUUGCGAAGAUCAAGCUUGAGCUUGCAGCUGACUAG